ACAGAAAGUGAGUUUCAAACGCCAACUUUCUGUCUCUUAACGAUCGUCGGGACAGAACACGAGCUUUUUGGAUCGGAUCAGAUUGGAGGGCGCAGUUUGUCUCAUAAAAGUGGCAAUAAGUCCCAAGUUUUCCUCCCCAGUGGUGGAAGAUUAACUUUAAAGUCGUCGGCGUUUUUUUUACGAGCUGCGUGAUCUCGUUUUGUCCUCCUCUUUUUAUUUAUGUCCGAGCCCCGUCAGAGAGCGGAGCAGAGAGAGGGAGAGAGGGGACGGACUUGGAGGUAAAGUCGGAGCUGCCAGAUGCUUCAGUAAACAGAGAUCCGCAGAAACAACAAACGUCGCACAACGGUGUGAAAAAAAGCACCAAAAAAAGCAACAUGGGCAAGAAAGUAUGUGGAACCAACUACCCAACCAGCAUCUGCUUCAUAGUGGUGAAUGAGUUCUGUGAACGUUUCUCCUACUAUGGCAUGAAAGCGGUGUUGACGCUGUACUUCCUCAGCUACCUGAAGUGGGAUAAGAACCUCUCCACCGCCGUCUACCAUGCCUUCAGCGGCCUCUGCUACUUCACUCCCAUCCUGGGAGCCGUCAUCGCCGACUCCUGGCUCGGAAAAUUCAAGACCAUCAUCUACCUGUCCAUCGUUUACGUGAUCGGCCAUGUGGUUAAGUCUGUGGGAGCCAUUCCCACUGUGGGAAACACCGAUGUGCACAUCGGUCUGUCCAUGUUUGGCCUGAUCCUCAUCGCGUUGGGCACCGGAGGAAUCAAACCGUGUGUAGCAGCGUUUGGAGGGGACCAGUUCGAGGAAGAACACAUAAAGGAAAGACAGAAAUUCUUCUCAAUUUUCUACAUGUCGAUCAACGCCGGGAGCGUCUUGUCGACGCUGAUAACGCCCAUCCUCAGAGGUGACGUGAAGUGUUUCGGUGACGACUGCUACGCCCUGGCCUUUGGCGUUCCUGCGGCUUUGAUGGUCGUGGCUCUGGCUGUGUUCAUAUUUGGCAGCGGUAUGUACAAGAAGACGCCGCCUCAGGGAAACGUCCUCGGGGAAGUCUGCAAAUGUAUCGGCUUUGCCAUCAAAAACCGCUGGAACAGCUCAAAAGAUGACGUCAAGAGGAAGCACUGGUUGGACUGGGCCGAAGACAAGUACUCGAAGCGACUGAUUCAGGAGAUCAAGAUGGUUCUGCGGGUUCUGGUGCUCUACAUCCCCCUGCCAAUGUUCUGGGCUCUGUUUGACCAGCAGGGUUCCCGCUGGACUCUCCAAGCCACACGGAUGAACAUGGCUUUUGGAGAAUCCUUCACAAUUAAGCCCGACCAGAUGCAGAUGCUGAACGCGCUGCUGAUUCUCGUCUUCGUACCCAUCUUUGACCUCAUCAUCUAUCCGCUCGUCGGCCUCUGCAGAAUCAAAAUCACGCCUCUGAGGAAAAUGGCCACAGGGAUGAUCUUUGCAGCUCUCGCCUUUGGCGCAGCCACCCUGGUGGAAAUCAAUGUUGUGAAAACUGUGGUGGAACCUGCACCCGCUGAGCAGAGCCUGCUGCAGGUCUUCAACCUGGCAAACGGGACCGUUGGCGUGAAGGUCGCCGGCGGCAACCCGUUUCAAAACCCCAUCAGAGAACUUCAGGACCCCUCGACAUACGAGCCUCUCCCCCUGGGGGCCCCCAACAAGGAACUGAGUAUUGAUGUCACAUUUACAGGAAGGUCGUAUUCUUGCCGCCAUGAAUUUGAAGAACGAAAGGCUUACAGUCUCAUCGUGCACCAGAAAGCUCCUGGCAUCGAGUGCAAACUUGUGGAAGACUACAUCAUCAAAAAUGAAGAUGGGAACCCUAAUGUGCGCUUCUUCAACACAUUGCCAGAAGCCAUGAACAUAACUGUGGGAGAAACGGAGUUUUACGUGCCCCCGGACUACAGCAUGUCUGCAAACAGCGCCGUGAAUCGGGGAUUCUACCCGGCAGUCCGCUGCAACCACCAGUCAAAGAAGAGUGAGAAUCUCAACCUGGGCCUGCUGGACUUUGGAGCUUCUUACACGUUCAUCCUCAGGGAGAAAGAUGGUAAAAUUGUGGCUGAAAAGAUGGAGGAUGUGAAAGCCAACAACGUGCACAUUGCCUGGCAGAUCCCGCAGUACGCCCUCAUCACAGCAGGAGAGGUCAUGUUCUCCAUCACAGGCUUGGAGUUCUCCUACUCACAGGCUCCGAACAACAUGAAGUCGGUGCUGCAGGCCGGCUGGCUGCUCACGGUCGCGUUCGGAAACGUGAUCGUUCUGAUUGUGGCCGAGGGGGCGGGACUGGAGCAGUGGAAAGAGUUCCUGCUGUUCGGCGGCCUCCUGCUGGGUGUCUGCAUCAUCUUCUCCUUCAUGGCCUACUUCUACGCUUACGUCGACCCCGAACAGCUGAGCAAAAUGUACGCCGGAGACUCGGGGAAGAAGAAGGAGUGUGAGGAAGAGGAGGACGACUGCGACAACAUGAAGAAGAAGGAGAAACGUGACGUCAUACCCCUGACCGAAAAAGGAAGGAGCACCAAACUGUGAUUUUUGCGACACAGGAAAUAGUUGUUUAAUUUGUUUAAUUUUUUUUUCAGGAAUUUCUUGGUUAUUAGACACUAAAGGUUCAAUACUGAUGACAUUGUUAAUAUAUAUACAUAAUCUGUGAAAUCUUUCAACAGCCUACUCAAUCUUGAGCUUGUAAUCACACAGGAAGCCACUGGAACAGCUCAUGUAUGUGUAAUAAUGUUUACCAGAUGCAGUGAUUUUUAUUUUUUUCCCCUCUGAUUGACAGUGUUUAACUUUAUAAUCUGUAUACGUUUGCUGCUUACUUUGUCGCACAGUGAAAUUCAUGAAAUUAUGUGGUUUACAAUCGGUUUCUGAAACAAUACUCGACAGCAAAAGAAACUUCACAUCGACACUUUUUUUUCUUUUCUUAAGCUAAAUUACAGUUUCUUCAGACUGGACUGUAAUAUAUGAUCACAUUUACUGUAAGUAUUAUGAGAUGGCAGAUCAGGAAAACAUCUGCUGUCCAUCUAGCUUCUUCUCUGCCAUGGUCCUUUAUGUUCAUGCUGUCUUGAUUUACCGGGAGACUGUAAUUCUGGCAUUAAUAUGACCACUAUAGCAACAUCGUUCUUCUUCUGUGGUGUCGUAAUCUCGUGUGUUGUGCCAAAACCAAAGCUAUAGACUUAAUCCGUCAGGUUUCGUGACCGUCUUUUGUUUUCCCAUUCAGGGAAAAACUAAUCAGGCUGCUCCCAAUAAACCUCUGUAAA